GCAGCAACAACCGCCUCAGCAGCAACAGCGCAAGCCACCUCAGCAGCAAUACAACAACAACUCACAACAGCAAGUGCGUCGCAAAUACUCCUCGGAGUACAAUCAUCAACAGCAACAUCAUCAUCACCAUCAGGGCAGCAGCGACACUGCCAUACAAACCACCAAGACAAUGUCGUGGACAAACUCCGCACAGCACAAGAAGUCCACGCAGUCGGUGGCGGUCACAGCCUCGCCAAAUACUGUAAACAACGGCGCCACUGUUGCUGCUGCUGCUGCUAGUGUUGCUGCAACUGCACCACCAAGUGUUGGCGGCGGCUUCAAUAAGCAGUUAACCGGUGUUAGUGCUGGCAUCUACAGUCAUCCUACUAAGACCUACACUAAUCAGCAGCACUAUCAGCAACAGCAGCAGCACUACCAAACCAGCCACAACAACAACAACAACAACAGUGGCAGCAGCAAUAUUAACAGUAACAACAACAACAAUCAGCCACAAAUGCGCACAUAUGGCACUAUGAAAGUGCCCUCAUCGCCUGUGGCAAGCACAGCCCCACCGCUGGAGCGCAAAAUCAGUGGCCAGCACCAGCAACAGCAGCAGCUGAGCAGCAACAAUUCGGCAGCAACAACAGCAACUACCUCAACGGCUAGCAUAACAGCAACGCCUCAUCAGUUUCAACAACAGAUGUCCACUGAAAGUCAGUCAAAUAGCACAAACAAUGCCUCUGUGCUGUCUCAGCAACAACAACAACAGCAGCAGCAGCAACAUGGUCAUAACCAAUACGCUCCAGCUGCCAAAUCCUAUGUGAGCUAUGGAGCUAAGAACAAGUAUGGCACACAAAACUUCAGUGCAGAUACAUCCUUCAGCGCAGCUGCAGCUCCUGUGUCUGUGCAGCCUGCGCUUAACUUGGCGCCACCAGCGCCGCCUGUCUCGCAAAACAACGCCAGCGCAGACAGCGGACAACCAUCGUGGGCCAGUCUGUUUUCCAACAAGAAGCCCGUGGCCAAAGUGGCGCCCUAUGACGGCAACAAGCAGCAGCAGCAACAACAACAGCAGCCGCAGCUGCAAAUGGCUCCACCACAGCAACAACCACAACAAUUGCCUGUUCAGCAACAGCAACAGUCACAGCAGCAACUGCCAUUAACACCGCCAACACAGAGCCUGCCCAGCGUGCACCAUCAAUUGCAAUCGCCAACGCCAGUGCCAGCGCCAACUGUGCCGCUUAUCACACCCGGCACACUGUCGUAUUCAGCGGCCUCGGCACAGGCAGUACCCGCCGUGGCUGCUCCCGCCUCUGCAGCAGUCAAGCCGCUGAAAGCGGAGCCGAUGCGUGCCGCUCAACUAGAUGAGUGGACAAACAAAUAUGCUGAAUUUCUGACACGUCAUAAGACUAAUCUGGCGCCCGUCAGUCUGCGGCCGCGUGGUCUGACUAAUCGUUCCAAUUAUUGCUAUAUCAACUCCAUACUUCAGGCGCUGCUUGGCUGUUCGCCUUUCUACAAUCUGCUGCGUUCCAUACCCAAGCAGGCGGCGGUGCUGAGCGAGGUCAAGACACCCACCGUGAAUGCCAUGAUGUCAUUUAUGAGUAACUUUUCAUCACUGCCUGGCGGUACCCGCUUGCGUUUGAAUAACAACAAAGCCGCCCAGAUCAAGGGCAAGGAUGAGUUUGCUGGCGUUGAUUUGCAGUGCGAUCUUGCCUUUGAGCCCACUGAAAUAUACAAACUGUGGAAUGACAGUCGUGAGGAGCACGUGGAGGGCAGACAAGAGGAUGCCGAAGAGUUCUUGGGCUAUGUGCUCAACAAGCUUAACGAUGAGAUGCUCGAGGUUAUCAAGUUGAUUGCAAAGCCAAAUGCCCAACAAAAUGGCGAAGAACAGGAACAAGAUACCGAAGAUGGCGGAGACGUUUGGCAGAUGAUUUGCAAUAAUCGCAACAAGGGCAGCGUUACUCGCCAGACGGACUUUGGACGUACCCCGCUCAGUGAUAUCUUUCGAGGUGAACUGCGUUCCCGGCUGCAGCGCGAAGGCGAACACUCUACGGAUGUUAUACAGCCGUUCUUUACACUACAACUGAACAUUGAGAAAGCCGCUUCGGUGAAGGAGGCUCUUGAGAUACUCGUUGGCCGUGAUCAGCUGGAGGGCGUCACUGGUAGCAAGACCAAACAGGAGGUGGUCGCCUGGCAGCAAAUGACUUUGGAAAAGUUGCCCAUCGUUUUGAUAUUGCAUUUAAAAUACUUUGACUAUAGGUCCGAUGGCUGCACAAAGAUAUUGAAAAAGGUUGAGUUUCCAGUGGAGCUCAAAAUCGAUGCCAAGAUACUUGGAUCGAAGAAAACAUCGCAAAAGCAGCGCGCCUAUCGCUUGUUCGCUGUGGUCUAUCACGAUGGCAAGGAAGCAUCCAAGGGCCAUUAUAUAACGGACGUGUUUCAUACCGGCUACAAUAGUUGGCUGCGCUACGAUGACAGCUCGGUGAAACCGAUCGGCGAGAAGCAAGUGCUGCAGCCGCACACGCCGCGUGUGCCUUAUCUACUCUACUAUCGCCGUUUCGAUACCCUGCCACAGAUGCAGACGAGCAAUGGCGCCGGCGCUGGAAGCACAGUAGGCGCCACCAAUGCCCAUGCCUCGGCCAGUGCCGCAUCUACCACAUCAGCUGCAAACUCAGCGAAUAAUAAAUGAAACUAAGUUGUCAAAAUAAUGGCAUACCCAGCCUAAGGGCAUGCCAGAGUUUGAUUUUUUAUGCAUAUACAAUUUGAACGGUUAUAUUAUAUAUUUAAAUGCCUAAUGUUUAAGCCCAAAGUCCAAAGCGCAUGUACGUGUGAAUGGUAGUUGUAUUUGUGUGGUGAAUGCGUGUGUGUCUAAGUGUGUCUAAGUUUAAUAAAAACAAAACUCCUAGUUGGUAAGCCUUAGCCGUAGCCCUAAGUUGAUAACAGUUUAGUUGUGCAAGAAAGCAAACAAACCAACAAUUCGUUGAAACGAAAUCUGUACAAAAUUAGCGAAUGGUAUGGCUAAACUUAACAGCGAGCAAAUUAUCAUAUACAUAUACUAUAUAAGUAAGUUUCAUAAAUUUGAGCCAGCCAAUAUUUGUAAAUCCCGUUUGGCAUCAACCUAUUCAAAAUGGCACAAACAAGCAGAAGCGUGCAUAUAUUAGAUAGCUGUAGACCUCUUCGAUAUGACAAACAUUUAGAGCUCUAUAUGUACAUACGUAGCAUACAUAUAUGAUACAUAUAUAACUAAAAUUGUAGAGUUUAAUUUUCUUUGUAAUUGUUUAUAGCAUGCAUUUAGGCGCCAGAGCAAACAAUCAGCCUUGCAUCCAGUUAAAACCACAAUACAUAUUGAAAUGCUUUGAAUAUGCUUUAAAAGAAAAACAAAUCUAUCUGUUGUAUACAAUACAAGACAUGCAAACACAUGAAUACAUAGCAUUAUUUUGUGUAUAAGUCGAAAUAAGUGAACACUGAAACGAGAAAAAAGGAAAUUAGCGCGAUUAUUUUAUAAUUUAUAUAGUUUGUUGCUUAGUUAGAUCCCAAAUUCAUUUUAAAUUCAUAUAUAUAUAUAUAUAAAUAUACUUUUAUAAAAACUGUUUGCACCCAUUAUGAUAUUUUAUUGUCUGUUGCGACAAAUCGUGGAAUUGGCUUAAAAAUAUAAUUUUUAUUUAUAAGCAAUGCUAAGAGUUAUGUCAACUACAUUGUCAAAUUUAAUGUUUCGUUAACAAUUACAACUAAUCAAGAAUUCUAGUUGCAUAUGGAGUUAAUAUAUCUUAGCUGGCAAACAUACAUACAUACACAUGCAUAUUUUAUUUUCUAAUUCAUAUACCAUACAUAUAUUAUAAAUAACGUGCCAAUGUUAAAACUCUAUAAAAUUACAUCAAAACAAAGAAAGCAUGAAAGAAGUUAGUGUCCGAAACAAUAACUUUUUGAUACUUUUGUGUAGUCAGUGACUUCUCAAAGGGAUAUUGUUAAAUUUCAUACAUUAUUUACAACUAGUUACAAACUUUUGUUGAAUUAAGUUUUAUAUUUGAUAAUCGACGUCUAUAUAUAUAAACGAGAAAAUCUAUAAAAAAAGCAAAAGGAACGGAAAGUUAGGACUAUAAUGUAAUCAUAGACAAAUCCGCACUUACAAGUUACAUACAUUGUUUAUCUUAUGUGAAGAAACAGUAUCAAAAAAACAAAAGGAAGAUUAAAAAUUUUAUGAAUUUACAUUUGACGCAAAAUCUUUUUAUGGAUUUCUUUUUAAAAUUUCGAAUGAUGUUUAUUUGAAACUGCUCGAAAAUCAAGUAAAUGCCAGCGCAAUUCGAUUGUAAAAAUAGCAAGAAACCUUGAAAUAUUAUAAUAUGGAUAUAAUGUAAUGCAUUGUCGU